CCAUGGUCAGGUGGAGAGAGCUCUUCAAUGCCGACGGACACGACCGAAGGCAUCGCAUGCAGGAUGAAUUCCGCUCACUCCUCCCCACGCGACGCGAUACCCUCCCUCCGCCACCAAUCCCACCCAAAGACGUCACAAAGGUAGCCCUCCGCCUCAAACACCAGCUCGAACAAGUCGUCCCCUGCGAACUCGAAGAAGCCCUCAUCACGAAACCCCACAGCCACAUCAUCACCCGCGAAGUCGUUCAGACCGCCAAAGAAGCAGGUGGAAAAGACCACAGGGCUUGCGUCGUCUACUGUCUCCUGGUAGUCAAGCGGUGGUUUAAGCAACAAGCCCUCGUCGAGCUCUGGGAUGCAGACCUCCACGAUGUCCGCGCAACCGCCGCCGAGCAGCUCGCCAAACUCAUCAUCGAGUCCGAGGAAGACACCGACUACCUCAUGGAAGAAGUCCUGCUCAAACGCUACUCCAUCCUCGUCAACAACGAACCCUCCGUUCCCGCAAACGCCAUUGAGCGCGCCGUCGACCUCCACGCCCUCACCGUCAUCGGCUCAUCCGGCUACCAGAAAUGCAUUUCCUAUCUCUGGAGGGGGUGGCUGGUCCAAGACGACGAAGACCCAAGUCGCUUCGUGAACUACGACAACAAGACAAACACGGAUUACUGGUCGCAUCUCGACCCGGAUCGCAUGCGCGUGCCCCGCUACCAGAAUCUCGUGCAAAUCGCAAUCUCAAUCAUCUUCCUGGGUCUUUACACGGGUGCUAUCAACACCGUCAACGCAGAUGGCGACCUCGAUAUUGUCGAAGGCCUGCUCUACAUCUUCACCCUCGGCUUCAUCUGCGACGAAGCGUCCAAGCUCUGGAAAGUCGGCCGCUACUACAUUGGCUUUUGGAACGUCUUCAACACCACCCUCUACGCCAUGCUGACGACCUCCUUCAUCCUACGCCUCGUCGCCUACGGGCGCGGCAGCGACCUCGAGAUGCGCGGGCACUACAACAAACUCAGCUACAACUUCCUGGCCUUCACGGCGCCCAUGUUCUGGAUGCGGCUGCUCCUCUAUCUCGAUACUUUCCGGUUCUUCGGCGCUAUGCUCGUCGUGCUAAAAGUAAUGAUGCGCGAAUCCCUCAUCUUCUUCGCGCUGCUCGUCGUCGUGCUCAUCGGCUUCCUGCAAGCCUUCAUCGGCAUGGACCUCAACGAAGACAACCAGAUCCAAGACAUGGGCUUCGUCAUCCAAGCCAUGCUCAACGCCGUCAUGCAGUCGCCGGAAUUCGACGGCUUCGACGUCUUCGCCCCGCCCUUUGGCCUCAUCCUCUACUACAUCUUCACCUUUGUCGUCAUGGUCAUCCUCCUCAACAUCCUCAUCGCGCUAUACAACUCGGCGUACGAGGACAUCACCGAAAACGCAAUCGACGAGUACAUGGCGCUCUUCAGCCAAAAAACGAUGCAAUUCGUGCGGGCCCCAGACGAAAACGUCUUCAUCGCCCCCUUCAACCUCCUCGAGAUGUUUCUGCUCGUGCUGCCGUUUGAAUGGUGGCUCCCGCAGUCCACGUACAACCGCCUCAACGAUUUCGUCAUGGGGCUCAUCUACUCCCCGCUCCUCGUCGCCACCGCCUUCCUCGAAACCCGCCAGGCCCACAAGGUCAAGUUCAAUCGCAAACGCGGCGAGGAAGACGACGACGUCCUGCACGAGUGGGAGCAGGUGCUGCAUGAAUGCGACUUUGAGGCCGAUGGCUGGGAUAAAAAGGUUCAAUCUACGCGGCCGAAUGUCGAGGUCGACACUGCGGUUUUGGAGGUUAGGGCGUUGAGGGAGGAGGUGGGCGAGCUGAAGGAGCUAUUGUUGAAGGUCACGCAGGGGGAUAAGGGGGGUGUUGGGUGGGGGAGCGAUACGUUGAGGGACAGCCAGGUGAAGGAUCGAGGGGACGAUGGUGCGAAGGGGAAGGCUGAUGAUAGUGCGGAGGGGGGGCAAGCGGGAGGAGACGCGGGCGGUGAUGAGUGA